AUGGCAACCUUCUCACCGGCUAGCUCUGUGUCGAAUGAUUCGUCCUUCUACACCGCUGUUGAUUCCCACUACGGCAGCAAAUCAACGACGGCUAGCAGCCCUGUCUACGAGAAUGCGUCGCCGUAUGACGAUGCACGGCCCCUGCUUUCCGAGCUGAGGGACCAUUGCCACAUAUUUCUGGAUGAAAAGCUCUACGGUUCUGGCGUGAGCCUGCUGAGCAGCAUCCUUGCUGCUGGCACAUCAAGACGAUCACCAGCGCUAUCUAAACCAAUAUCCGUCCCUCCUGCGAGCCACAUAGCACUCCUCAACACCCUAAUACUACACCCGCAAUACACCACACGGGCUACGAAAGAAGAGCAUCGCGAUCUUCCAGCUCAAGCGCUAAACUAUCUAAAAAGCCUGCUCUCGACAGUUGGGCCCUUGAAUGCUGACUUCAAAGCGGCUACACGCUUUUCUCAGCAAUCAUGGUCGAGAAGGCGACAACGACACAGUACCGAGGACACCGACACUGAUGCGGAUAUCGUCGCAGAUCAGCUGGAGUGCAGCCUCGCCAACAGCGGCAGCCUAUGGGGUCGGGCUCAGGAUUUCUGGACGGUACUGGGAUGGGCAUUCAACUGCAGCGUGCUGUACCCAAAGCGAUGGAAGUACUGGAAACCUUGGCUUGAGUUCAUGCUUGACCUGAUGGAGAAGGACUGGGAGGAGCGUGAGCGACAGGACCUGGAGUGCUGCGAUACCAACAGCGGAAGCGACGACGUCCAGACCAGUUUGCGGCAAGAGUCAAUCAUCUCCACCUAUAUGGACCAGGACGGCCCGGGACGGAAGUGUAUCUUGAAAGCCAUCUUCGCCCAUGGCGACAAGAUUUCAACGUCAGCAUUCAAAGAAGUAUUUUCAGACGAGCUCAAGGGGCCGAGGAGGGAAUCCAAGAAAAGGAAGCAUGAGAGUCUAGAUCUGGAGAAUGGCAAGUUCGGAGACUAUUUUGAUGACGAGGAUGCCAUCUCGUCAGGAGGCUCACAACCACCCACACCUCAAAAGCCGCGGCAGGCAAGAAAGGCCGAGACUAUCGGCGUCUCUCAGCCUGGGCUAGUCGAGUCCGUCUACCUGCGGCUGAGAGUCUUCAAGUUACUGUCACUAGCAACUCACGCGUUGGGCACCGCGAAAGAACUGGAGAGGUUAUAUGAUGACACUGCAAAACUACUCAAGGUGCAGCCACUGCCGUUCUUCUCGUUGUUUGUGGCUUGCCGCGAGUCCCCGCUGGUUCUUGCAUCAGAGAUCACCCUUACGAAGCUCCUAUUCCUAUUCCUCCUCCCUCAAAGUCAUAAGAACCCCGGAAAAGUUGACCCCGAAGGUGAGCUUGAAGGGGCCCUGACGUCGAUCAUGCUUGAGAAAUGCUUCAUCAUCCACCCAGCGAAUAAUGUAUCCGUCGAGGAUAACGCAAAGCUAUCACUGGUCGUGGAAAAAGCUUUGCAGCUUUUAUGGUUGGCCGAUGAGAUCAUGUAUUCCAAGACAUUUGGGGCGGCCGUCGAAGCUGGCGUGCAGGCGCGAGACUCAAAGGUGAAGAACAAACGUGCUUCAAAGAAGGUCAAGUUGGACGCCGAUGAUCUCAUGGCCGAGAAGGUUCUGGACAACUCCGCCGCGAGAAUACGACUUCUUGUGAGCGCCAUGACAGACACCGAGGAUUAG